AUGGCAAAUCUGAAAAUGAAAGAAGCAGCACUUGCUUAUCUUGGCAGAAGUGGAGGUCUUCAAAAAUUUAUAGAUGAUUGCAAGCAGUACAAUGAUUCAAAACAAAAGUAUGCUGUUUAUCGAUUCAAUAUUUUGAUAAAUCCCUCUGAUGUUGUUGAAUUAGAUGCUGAACUUGGAAAUCACAUUUUACACCAGCCUUUAAAAGCUGUUCAAAUUUUUCAAUCAGUCUGUUUUACUGCUGUUAAAACUCUAUCAUUAAUUGGACAAUUACAAACUGAAACCCAAAUUAAUGUAGUGCUGAAGUUAACACAUUUGCCUCAUCUGCCAAGUUAUAAUCUUGAUCUGUGUAAGUUUCCACUUGAUUAUACAUCUCAGAGAUUUUAUAUGAUGCAAGGAAUUGUGGUUUCAAUGACAACUGUAACCAAGUAUACUCAAGGUGCAAGAUUCUUUUGUUCAGAUGAUGCAUGUCCUCUUUCAGAAGGAUUUCAAUAUAUAAGAGUGCAUGUUCCUGGUGCUACAGAAUCUGCAACAGUAAGAAAUGACUUAUGUAAUCUCUGUGCAUCUUCUCUACUGGAAGACAGGAAACUUAGAGUACUUGGUGAUAAACAAAUAGUUGAAAUAAUUACUACAAAGGCACUUCAUGCUUUCCAGCAAUACUCUAACCAUCAACCAUUUAGGUUUCAGUGUCUUACAGUUUUCCUUAGAGAUGAAUCAGUGAAUAAAAUGAAUAUAGGAAAUGAAUAUAAAAUCAUUGGAAUUCCAACUUGUGUGGAAACCUCACAAACUACUCUCUGUAUAGAAGCAAAUCACAUCACUUUCUGUACUCCAAAAGUUCCUUCAGGAAUUAGCGACAACUUCAGGUGUCUCCUCUCUUUGACUUCCAGUUCAUGCUGGAAGUUUACAGCAAUACUUGCCAAUAUCUUUGCAUCACAGAUUAUUCCUCCUGGGAUUUACAAUUUACUCAAGUUAUGUUUGCUACUGAGUCUAGUACAGACAAAUGACUGUGACAAGGAACUGGAAAGUUUCCUAGAUAUUUUAAUUAUAACCAGUGAUACUCUACUUAUAAACAGGCUUUUAAACUUUAGUCUAAACCUUGUGCCCCGUGGCAUACGUCAUCCAGUCUCUGCUGAAAUUUUCCCUACUCUGACCAGUAAUAAAUAUGGAACUGGAGCCAGGAGCAUUCAGGCUGGUAGUGCUUUGCUAGCUAAAGGUGGUAUCUGUUUUAUAGGUGAUUUGACUUCACACAAAAAAGAUAAGCUUGAACAACUUCAAUCAGUUGUGGAAAGCAGAAGUGUCACAGUAUACAUCCCAGGAAAGAAGUUUGAAGAUGAUAUCAAUCAGCAAAUGACUUUUCCAGUUCAGUGCAGUUUUUGGUCUUUUAUUGAUAUGGAAUCAUCUUUGAGGAGACACACACAGAAAACCAACACUCUAGUUGGCCAAAUGGAUUGCAGUUUGAUUCCAGCUAAUCUUGUAGACACAUUUGGCUUAUUGAUAAAUUGUAAUGAAUCAUCUCCUUGCUACCCACUUCUUCCAACUGUACAACAUACUUUAAAAAAAGCCAUGGAACCAGAAGGACUGCUUUAUUUUGCUUCUAAACAGUUUACAAGUGAUGAUUUUGAAAAGUUACUGGCUUUUGCAAAGAAUUUGAAGGUAGAAUUUAGCAUGGAGGCAGAAAGAAUGAUUCAUGGCUAUUAUCUAGCGAGUCGCAGAAUCAGAACUGAUCCUAUAUGUGGAUCAAAACUAUCAGCAUCUGCUUUAAAAUACUUAAUCUCCCUAUCUGAAGCCCAUGCUCGACUGAAUUUAAGGAACAAAGUGCUUAAAGAAGAUGUAGUCAUUGCAGCCUUAUUGUUUGAAACAUCUCUCACAUUGAAAUAUGGGGCUGCAGUAUUUUGUGUUGCUCCAAAUGCACUAUUUCCAUUUGAACAGUAUAAUGAAGACUAUUUGGAGCAGAGGGACAUCUACCUGACUCAGUGCCAAGAACAGCUUCAAAAGUUUAUUGUCACAUAUGGACCGGGGACAGCUCCCUUUGCUAGUGAUGAAUAG